AUGCGAGCCGUGGCGCUGCUGGCCGCGCUGGCCCUGCUGGCAGCCUGCCGGCCGGCCCGCGGGGCCUCGACCAACGCCAGCCAGCCCCAGAGGCACGGCGGGCCCGGCCCGCGGGAGCCCGAGCCCCGGGAGGGCGAGGCGGUGUCGGGUCCCGACGAGGAGGAGGACGAGGAGGACGAGGAAGCGCUGCCCGUCCAUCAGUACCUCGUGGACGACUUGAUUCGAGUUGAACCUGUGGUCAAACCCAAACCAACAAAAAGGGGGGGUGAGAAGAAUGCCGGCAAGUCAAGAAAGAAGAAGAACAAAGGGAAAAACAAAAAGAAAGGGACACCCUGUGAAAUGGAAUACAAAAACUUUUGCAUCCAUGGUGAAUGCAUUUAUCUAGAACAUCUGCGGAUGGUGACCUGCAAGUGUCAUCAGGAUUUUUUUGGUGAGCGCUGUGGUGAACAGUUCAUGAAGACUCAAAGAAAGAAUGAUGUAGCAGACUACUCAAAGACUGUGUUGGUGGUGGUAGCUGUCCUGCUCUCAAGCAUCAGCUUCAUUACUGUACUUAUCAUCGUGAUAGUGCAGGUCAGGAAAAAGUGUCCUCAGUAUGAUGAGAAGGAAGAAAGGAAAAAACUUCGACAAGAAAACAGAAAUGGCCAUGUUGGUGUGUAAAUGAGGAGAAGGCAGAACAAUUCUCAUGUGGCCACUGCCAAGCCGCAGGGUACCUCUGGCCAUCUGACACAUCCACCUGGACACUGUGGGCUGGAGCUGUUGCCACUGAGCCCUGAUUCAUCAAGACAGAGGCUGCUGCAAGGAGAAGUCAACGUGCCACUUGCUGCUGAAUUGCUUGCUGGGGAGGACAGUUACUGCUACAUCUUGGCACAAGGGGUAGAGCACCUGCUAUCAAGACCUGCUAGAGACGACUGCUACUGAGCCCUCUCUUCUGUCAGUGCUGGAGCUCCAGUCUCUGCUCUUGUGUGGGUGGACUUUCUUCUCUUAGCAAGUCUCCUUUGGCAACUCUAACCCUCAGGGAGAGAGCUUUUUGUGGCUUUCAGGAGUGGAUGGAGGGGUGAAAUUCACUCUCCUCUCCCAAAGUUAAGAAGGGAAGAGCUCUGGAUGGCUUCUUUCCUUAGACCUCAGUGGAUGAAAAACCUAAUUCUGCUGUCACUAUGCUCCCUGUUGAUAGCAGCUUCAAAGAACUUCAUCUCUAGUUCUGACUUGCAGGGCAUUGGUGUCAGAUCUUGGUCAGCCACACCUGGGUUCUGUUACUGUAUGUGUGGAAGGUAAUCCCUCUGAAUUUACUAAGACUCACUUGUGUGAGUGGAGCUAUCCCUUUGUGUGUGUGCUAGCCCAAGUUAAAAUUAGCCUCCUUGGGAUGCUGAGACAGUAAAUGCAAGAUCUGAAGGAGAAGAUCCAUGCUCAAACAAGCUGAUAAACCUGGACCCAUCUGUUAUAAACGAAGCUACUUCUGUUACCCAGAUACCUGAUGCUGCUUUAAAGCAGUGCUUAAAGUAUCAAAUGCUUCACAUCAGAUCCAGUCAGAUGAACCUGACCAAGGACCUGUUCCUUUGAAGAAUCAAGUUUAUGCACUGACACUCUGCAAGCAGUGGUCUCUUGUGCUCUGCCUUCUGGUGUGAAGAACGUGAGUUACCUCAAACUGCUGACCCCAGUGUCCUUGGUUUCUUGAACUGUCCAUGCAGUCUUGAGCACAGAGUAUUAUUUGA